AUGCCCAGCGCCGUUGCCAACCUCCCCCCUACGCAGCACACCACCCGCAAUGCCGCUCUCUCCACAGAAUACCAGGAGGCUUAUCAGUGGCGCGGACUGCCGGAGAAGCCCGUAGCCACAAACGAUGACAACGACUACCCACAGGUACAUGUAGACCCCAGCAUGUACAACUCGACCAGCAGGGACGCCUACAAGAAGUACGACCCCGACGCGUACAAGCGGGAGAUGCCGGCGGACGACGAGUGCGACCAGAAGGCCCCCGUGGACCCCAGCAUGUACACCUCGACCAGCAGGGACGCCUACAAGAAGUACGACCCUGACGCGUACAAGCGGGAGAUGCCGGCGGACGAAGAGUGCGACCAGAAGGCCCCCGUGGACCCCAGCAUGUACACCUCGACCAGCAGGGACGCCUACAAGAAGUACGACCCUGACGCGUACAAGCGGGAGAUGCCGGCGGACGAAGAGUGCGACCAGAAGGCCCCCGUGGACCCCAGCAUGUACACCUCGACCAGCAGGGACGCCUACAAGAAGUACGACCCUGACGCGUACAAGCGGGAGAUGCCGGCGGACGAAGAGUGCGACCAGAAGGCCCCCGUGGACCCCAGCAUGUACACCUCGACCAGCAGGGACGCCUACAAGAAGUACGACCCCGACGCGUACAAGCGGGAGAUGCCGGCGGACGAAGAGUGCGACCAGAAGGCCCCCGUGGACCCCAGCAUGUACACCUCGACCAGCAGGGACGCCUACAAGAAGUACGACCCUGACGCGUACAAGCGGGAGAUGCCGGCGGACGAAGAGUGCGACCAGAAGGCCCCCGUGGACCCCAGCAUGUACACCUCGACCAGCAGGGACGCCUACAAGAAGUACGACCCUGACGCGUACAAGCGGGAGAUGCCGGCGGACGAAGAGUGCGACCAGAAGGCCCCCGUGGACCCCAGCAUGUACACCUCGACCAGCAGGGACGCCUACAAGAAGUACGACCCCGACGCGUACAAGCGGGAGAUGCCGGCGGACGAAGAGUGCGACCAGAAGGCCCCCGUGGACCCCAGCAUGUACAACUCGACCAGCAGGGACGCCUACAAGAAGUACGACCCCGACGCGUACAAGCGGGAGAUGCCGGCGGACGAAGAGUGCGACCAGAAGGCCCCCGUGGACCCCAGCAUGUACAACACGACCAGCAGGGACGCCUACAAGAAGUACGACCCCGACGCGUACAAGCGGGAGAUGCCGGCGGACGACGAGUGCGACCAGAAGGCCCCUGUGGACCCCAGCAUGUACAACACGACCAGCAGGGACGCCUACAAGAAGUACGACCCCGACGCGUACAAGCGGGAGAUGCCGGCGGACGACGAGUGCGACCAGAAGGCCCCUGUGGACCCCAGCAUGUACAACACGACCAGCAGGGACGCCUACAAGAAGUACGACCCUGACGCGUACAGCGGGAGAUGCCGGCGGACGAAGAGUGCGACCAGAAGGCCCCCGUGGACCCCAGCAUGUACAACACGACCAGCAGGGACGCCUACAAGAAGUACGACCCCGACGCGUACAAGCGGGAGAUGCCGGCGGACGAAGAGUGCGACCAGAAGGCCCCUGUGGACCCCAGCAUGUACAACACGACCAGCAGGGACGCCUACAAGAAGUACGACCCCGACGCGUACAAGCGGGAGAUGCCGGCGGACGACGAGUGCGACCAGAAGGCCCCCGUGGACCCCAGCAUGUACAACACGACCAGCAGGGACGCCUACAAGAAGUACGACCCCGACGCGUACAAGCGGGAGAUGCCGGCGGACGAAGAGUGCGACCAGAAGGCCCCCGUGGACCCCAGCAUGUACAACACGACCAGCAGGGACGCCUACAAGAAGUACGACCCCGACGCGUACAAGCGGGAGAUGCCGGCGGACGACGAGUGCGACCAGAAGGCCCCCGUGGACCCCAGCAUGUACAACACGACCAGCAGGGACGCCUACAAGAAGUACGACCCCGACGCGUACAAGCGGGAGAUGCCGGCGGACGACGAGUGCGACCAGAAGGCCCCCGUGGACCCCAGCAUGUACAACACGACCAGCAGGGACGCCUACAAGAAGUACGACCCCGACGCGUACAAGCGGGAGAUGCCGGCGGACGACGAGUGCGACCAGAAGGCCCCCGUGGACCCCAGCAUGUACACCUCGACCAGCAGGGACGCCUACAAGAAGUACGACCCCGACGCGUACAAGCGGGAGAUGCCGGCGGACGAAGAGUGCGACCAGAAGGCCCCUGUGGACCCCAGCAUGUACAACACGACCAGCAGGGACGCCUACAAGAAGUACGACCCCGACGCGUACAAGCGGGAGAUGCCGGCGGACGACGAGUGCGACCAGAAGGCCCCCGUGGACCCCAGCAUGUACAACACGACCAGCAGGGACGCCUACAAGAAGUACGACCCCGACGCGUACAAGCGGGAGAUGCCGGCGGACGACGAGUGCGACCAGAAGGCCCCCGUGGACCCCAGCAUGUACAACACGACCAGCAGGGACGCCUACAAGAAGUACGACCCCGACGCGUACAAGCGGGAGAUGCCGGCGGACGAAGAGUGCGACCAGAAGGCCCCCGUGGACCCCAGCAUGUACACCUCGACCAGCAGGGACGCCUACAAGAAGUACGACCCUGACGCGUACAAGCGGGAGAUGCCGGCGGACGAAGAGUGCGACCAGAAGGCCCCCGUGGACCCCAGCAUGUACACCUCGACCAGCAGGGACGCCUACAAGAAGUACGACCCUGACGCGUACAAGCGGGAGAUGCCGGCGGACGAAGAGUGCGACCAGAAGGCCCCCGUGGACCCCAGCAUGUACACCUCGACCAGCAGGGACGCCUACAAGAAGUACGACCCUGACGCGUACAAGCGGGAGAUGCCGGCGGACGAAGAGUGCGACCAGAAGGCCCCCGUGGACCCCAGCAUGUACACCUCGACCAGCAGGGACGCCUACAAGAAGUACGACCCCGACGCGUACAAGCGGGAGAUGCCGGCGGACGAAGAGUGCGACCAGAAGGCCCCCGUGGACCCCAGCAUGUACAACUCGACCAGCAGGGACGCCUACAAGAAGUACGACCCUGACGCGUACAAGCGGGAGAUGCCGGCGGACGAAGAGUGCGACCAGAAGGCCCCCGUGGACCCCAGCAUGUACAACACGACCAGCAGGGACGCCUACAAGAAGUACGACCCCGACGCGUACAAGCGGGAGAUGCCGGCGGACGAAGAGUGCGACCAGAAGGCCCCCGUGGACCCCAGCAUGUACAACACGACCAGCAGGGACGCCUACAAGAAGUACGACCCCGACGCGUACAAGCGGGAGAUGCCGGCGGACGAAGAGUGCGACCAGAAGGCCCCCGUGGACCCCAGCAUGUACAACACGACCAGCAGGGACGCCUACAAGAAGUACGACCCCGACGCGUACAAGCGGGAGAUGCCGGCGGACGAAGAGUGCGACCAGAAGGCCCCCGUGGACCCCAGCAUGUACAACACGACCAGCAGGGACGCCUACAAGAAGUACGACCCCGACGCGUACAAGCGGGAGAUGCCGGCGGACGACGAGUGCGACCAGAAGGCCCCCGUGGACCCCAGCAUGUACAACACGACCAGCAGGGACGCCUACAAGAAGUACGACCCCGACGCGUACAAGCGGGAGAUGCCGGCGGACGAAGAGUGCGACCAGAAGGCCCCCGUGGACCCCAGCAUGUACAACACGACCAGCAGGGACGCCUACAAGAAGUACGACCCCGACGCGUACAAGCGGGAGAUGCCGGCGGACGAAGAGUGCGACCAGAAGGCCCCCGUGGACCCCAGCAUGUACACCUCGACCAGCAGGGACGCCUACAAGAAGUACGACCCCGACGCGUACAAGCGGGAGAUGCCGGCGGACGAAGAGUGCGACCAGAAGGCCCCCGUGGACCCCAGCAUGUACACCACGACCAGCAGGGACGCCUACAAGAAGUACGACCCCGACGCGUACAAGCGGGAGAUGCCGGCGGACGAAGAGUGCGACCAGAAGGCCCCUGUGGACCCCAGCAUGUACAACACGACCAGCAGGGACGCCUACAAGAAGUACGACCCUGACGCGUACAAGCGGGAGAUGCCGGCGGACGAAGAGUGCGACCAGAAGGCCCCCGUGGACCCCAGCAUGUACAACACGACCAGCAGGGACGCCUACAAGAAGUACGACCCCGACGCGUACAAGCGGGAGAUGCCGGCGGACGACGAGUGCGACCAGAAGGCCCCCGUGGACCCCAGCAUGUACAACACGACCAGCAGGGACGCCUACAAGAAGUACGACCCCGACGCGUACAAGCGGGAGAUGCCGGCGGACGACGAGUGCGACCAGAAGGCCCCCGUGGACCCCAGCAUGUACAACACGACCAGCAGGGACGCCUACAAGAAGUACGACCCCGACGCGUACAAGCGGGAGAUGCCGGCGGACGAAGAGUGCGACCAGAAGGCCCCUGUGGACCCCAGCAUGUACAACACGACCAGCAGGGACGCCUACAAGAAGUACGACCCCGACGCGUACAAGCGGGAGAUGCCGGCGGACGACGAGUGCGACCAGAAGGCCCCCGUGGACCCCAGCAUGUACAACACGACCAGCAGGGACGCCUACAAGAAGUACGACCCCGACGCGUACAAGCGGGAGAUGCCGGCGGACGACGAGUGCGACCAGAAGGCCCCCGUGGACCCCAGCAUGUACAACACGACCAGCAGGGACGCCUACAAGAAGUACGACCCCGACGCGUACAAGCGGGAGAUGCCGGCGGACGACGAGUGCGACCAGAAGGCCCCCGUGGACCCCAGCAUGUACAACACGACCAGCAGGGACGCCUACAAGAAGUACGACCCCGACGCGUACAAGCGGGAGAUGCCGGCGGACGACGAGUGCGACCAGAAGGCCCCCGUGGACCCCAGCAUGUACAACACGACCAGCAGGGACGCCUACAAGAAGUACGACCCCGACGCGUACAAGCGGGAGAUGCCGGCGGACGACGAGUGCGACCAGAAGGCCCCCGUGGACCCCAGCAUGUACAACACGACCAGCAGGGACGCCUACAAGAAGUACGACCCCGACGCGUACAAGCGGGAGAUGCCGGCGGACGACGAGUGCGACCAGAAGGCCCCCGUGGACCCCAGCAUGUACAACACGACCAGCAGGGACGCCUACAAGAAGUACGACCCCGACGCGUACAAGCGGGAGAUGCCGGCGGACGACGAGUGCGACCAGAAGGCCCCCGUGGACCCCAGCAUGUACAACACGACCAGCAGGGACGCCUACAAGAAGUACGACCCCGACGCGUACAAGCGGGAGAUGCCGGCGGACGAAGAGUGCGACCAGAAGGCCCCCGUGGACCCCAGCAUGUACAACACGACCAGCAGGGACGCCUACAAGAAGUACGACCCCGACGCGUACAAGCGGGAGAUGCCGGCGGACGACGAGUGCGACCAGAAGGCCCCCGUGGACCCCAGCAUGUACAACACGACCAGCAGGGACGCCUACAAGAAGUACGACCCCGACGCGUACAAGCGGGAGAUGCCGGCGGACGAAGAGUGCGACCAGAAGGCCCCUGUGGACCCCUAGCAUGUACAACACGACCAGCAGGGACGCCUACAAGAAGUACGACCCCGACGCGUACAAGCGGGAGAUGCCGGCGGACGACGAGUGCGACCAGAAGGCCCCCGUGGACCCCAG